CGACCUUUUCACCUCCACUCCCCCCUACCCUCGUACCAUCACUCCUCUCUCUCCUUGUCUGAGGAGACCCUAGCAAUCGAAGUCAACAACACCAAUGCCGGGGAGGGGGACGCCCCCACCAAGACGACCUCGUCUCCUGAGAGACACAUGCAGCUGGACGGCCCGAGUGGUGCAGAUUCUGUACCAUUGGUGGGGUCUGUAGUGAGAGGUCAUCCCAGUCCGCCACACCACUCCAUCUCCAGUCCACCUCGUGGGCUGGGGCUGCGUGCCUACCUGGAAGAUAUUGACAGUGACGGGAAGAAGAUGAAGAUGUCUUGACGGUGGAUGAGGAGGAGAAGCCACCGCAGCCGCCUCACCCGUCCUACAAACCUCCUCUCCUCCCACUUCCUCGGGGUCCCUCCCACUGACCAAGGAACAGCUCCCUGUUGAGGAUGGAGGCGGGUUGACAGGUGAGAUUGCAGCCACAGAGCCCA